CUUUGUUUUUAUGCCUGAUUCGUUAACUAUGAUAUACUUCAAGGUUGGGGUCAGCUGCGUUCUUCGAAAUAUUUUUGUGCGUACGUGAUCUUCCCGAUGGGUCUUCGAAAGCUCAAUAUUGCAAACGUUGACCUCAAAAACAAGAGAGUUCUGAUGAGAGUUGAUUUUAACGUGCCAAUGAAGGACGGAAAAAUCACUAACAACCAGAGAAUCGCCGCUGCUUUACCUACGAUAAAGUACGCUCUUGAUAAUGGAGCGAAAAGUGUUGUCCUGAUGUCCCACCUUGGCCGCCCUGAUGGAGUUAAGGUCGCUAAAUACUCUCUAGAACCUGUUGCAACUGAAGUUUCGAAGUUGUUGGGCAAGUCAGUGACAUUCCUUCCUGAUUGCGUGGGCCCUGAAGUGAUUAAGGCGUGCGCUGAUCCUGCUCCUGGAUCCGUAUUUUUGCUGGAAAAUCUCCGUUUCCAUGUUGAAGAGGAAGGCAAAGGCGUUUCGCCUACUGGUGAGAAGCUCAAGGCCACCCCUGAGCAAGUCAAAGCGUUCAGCGACAGUUUGACGCAAUUGGGUGAUGUUUAUGUCAAUGAUGCGUUUGGAACCGCACACAGGGCCCAUGCCUCCAUGGUUGGCUGCAAGUUACCUACUAGGGCAUGUGGUUUCCUAAUGGACAAAGAGUUGACCUAUUUCGCGAAGGCGCUGGAUCAACCCCAGCGCCCGUUCUUAGCUAUCAUCGGCGGGGCCAAGGUUAGCGAUAAGAUCGCACUGAUCAAGAACAUGCUGGAUAUCGUGAACGAACUGAUCAUAACUGGUGGUAUGGCCUUUACCUUCCUGCACAAGUUGUACAAUAUGAAGAUUGGGAAAAGUCUUUACGAUGAGCCUGGUUCCGCCACAGUCGAAGAGGUGAUGCAGUUGGCGAAGACUAAGAACGUGCAGAUUCACCUCCCAAUUGAUUUUAUCACUGCGGACAAGUUUGCCGAAGACGCACACACCGAUCUCGCUACCGUUGAAUCUGGAAUCCCGGAUUCCUGCAUGGGACUCGACUGUGGUCCGAAAACGAUGGAUAAGUUUUGCGAAGUAAUCGGCCGUGCCAAAACUAUCGUAUGGAAUGGGCCCAUGGGCGUUUUUGAAAUGGAAAAGUUCUCAAGUGGUACAAAAAGAGCCAUGGAUGCCGUGGUGGCUGCUACUGCGAAGGGAUGCACUACCAUUAUUGGUGGCGGUGACACGGCGACAUGUUGUGCCAAGUGGAACACGGAGGACAAAGUUAGCCACGUUAGCACCGGUGGUGGUGCUAGUUUAGAGUUGCUGGAAGGUAAACAGUUACCUGGGAUCCUCGCUCUCAGUGAUGCAUAGAUUUGAUGAUACCACUAGUCGAAUUCAACAUCUUAGUGUUUUGUCAUUGUUGAUCUUCGUAUUUCCGUACGCGACCAAUAUACAAUUCCCCGCUC